AUGGAUCAACGUAAACGUUCUCGUCCCGCUAACGUCUUUGGUGAAGAAGACGAGCCUACGCCAAGUUUUCUUCCAACACCGACCGAUCCCACUACUAUGUCAAAUUCAGCACCACGUCCUGAUCAGAUCAAAGCAAUGAUUGCUGCCAAAAAAGCUCAAUUGGAAGCCAUGGCGGCUAGUUUUAGGCCACCUCAAGCAAGACCAUCAUCAGCUCCUAUACGUCCACCAAUCAUAACAACGCCUACACAGAUUCCCAAUCUAACGUCAGUGGGAAUCGAUCCUGAUCUUCCCCGAAAAAUUCAAGAAGCCAAAGAAAUGGUUAGAGCAAAUUUGGCGGCGAAAGCCAACCCCUAUUUGCCUUCAACAUCCACGUUAUCGAAAUCUGAUGAUUCUUCAAAAGCAAAGGGAGGUCUUAGAGUUGAGGCACAUCCUGCACUUCUUAUGGAUCAAAGUGGGAAGUUAGAUUUGAAACGAACUGCAGCAUUAACUCCAAAGCCUAAUUUUGCUACAGUUAAGGCAAAUCAAAGGGCUGCUCCUACUGCAAAACAAGAACAAAAAGUGUCAACUCCAGAACAAACAACGGAUGUUACCCAAAACCCAUAUUUUGAUCCUAGAGCAGGUAAUAUUGCACCUCAAAGACGUGUUCGUAAAAGGUUCAAAUUUGUUCCAAAAGGUAAAUAUGAAGCUUUAGGAAAUCAAAUGAGAGCACAGGCCAAAUUAGAAAAAUUGAAGUCAGAAAUUGCCGAGAGUGUUAAAAAGGCUGGAAUGGAGGCAGAAUUAGAUUCAUCAGAUAAAGCAAUUAAGAGAGAUCCACCACCUGCACUGGAAUGGUGGGAUUUACCUUUAUUACCGAAUAAAACAUAUGACGACAUCGAUGCUGGGUUAACUAAGAUUGAUGACGAGGAUUCUCUUGUUACAUGGUUUGUUCAACAUCCAGUUCCAAUUAAACCACCAGGAGAUAAUGGACCUCCACCACCAAAACCACUAAUAUUGACAAAGAAGGAACAAAAAAAGCUUCGUAAGCAGCGCAGAUUAGAAUUACAGAAAGAAAAGCAAGAUAAAAUUCGUUUGGGAUUGUUACCCCCUGAUCAACCGAAAGUCAAACUGAGUAAUUUAAUGAGAGUUCUUACGAAUGAUGCCAUUCAGGAUCCAACCAUGGUUGAAGCGAAAGUUCGUAAAGAAAUGCAAAAACGACAAGAAACUCACUUGAAAGCUAAUGAAGAACGCAAGUUGACGGAUGAACAAAAAAAGGAAAAAAGAAUUAAAAAGUUGGAAUAUGAUGCAGAGAAAGCAACUAUAGCUUGCGUUUUCAAAGUCAAUGAUCUUUCUCAUCCUAAAAUGAAGUUCAAAGUUGAUACAAAUGCUAUACAACUCAAACUCACGGGCACAGUCAUUAUCAAUCCUAAUUUCACAUUAGUGAUUGUGGAAGGCGGGCCAAAGGCAACCAAAUAUUAUAAAAAGCUAAUGUUGCGACGUAUUGAUUGGUCAGAUACCACAAGAUUAGGUGAGGCUAGUAAUGAUCAAGAUACCGAUGAACCUAUGAAACCAGUUAAAAAGAAUAAAUGUUCAUUAAUUUGGGAAGGAGAGGUUAAAGAGCGAGGGUUUAAAGGAUUCUGGUUUAAGACAUGCCCGACUGAGAAGAUGGCACGUGAUUAUUUAAAAAAGCACAAAGGAGAGCAUUAUUGGGAUUUAGCAUCUAAAUAUGUCGAUGAUGGAUUUGAAACUAUAACUGUUUAA